AUUCAAAUGCUUAUCGAGUAAGGAAACAAAUUAAAUUCACAAAAAUCCAUAUCGUGUAGUAAUAUAAAAAUCAUAGCAUUAAGCGAAAUUUCAAUAAAAGAAAGCAAAUUGCCGUAGCAUUCAUAACAGUUUGACGGAAUUCAAAGAAUUCAUAUCAAUUGCACUUUAUGCUGCUGCCGUUGACAUUUUUGCUAUAGCUUUAGCUUUCAAAGAACAGAAAGGCAAAAUAAGGCAAAACAAAAUAAUAAAACGUAAACGAAGCAGCUUUUGAGAAAGCUAUUGUCAGUGUGGACAAUUAUACUUUUUCCAGUCACACAUCAAAUAAACAAAUCCGCAUUUGCUAUCAGAGUACGACGAAGGGACGAACGGUAAAUAUGUCCAGACUUCUGAUGGCCGCUCCAUCGCGGCUGUCGCGUGAGUUGCGCUAUACUCGAUUCAACAAAUUUGUGAUCUUUAACCGGCAAUUCGCUGCCAAAUCGACUUGCAAAGGUGCACAGGAGAAGAAGCCUCCACCGAAGCCGGGCUACUUUCCGAGCGGCGGCACUCAUGCCAUCUUCGAUGAUUUGCCCAAGCCGCAGGGCGAUUUCAUGAAGGAAUGGAAGGCCAAGAACUCUAGACACAAUAUGGCAUUAUUGAGCGGCAUUGCAGCGUUCGUUGGCACCCUUUUCCUAUGCAUCACAUCGGAGGAUUUUCGGUUAUAUUACGAUAUUCCGGACUAUCCGUAUACUGAGGACGAGAUGGAGGAGUUCGCCAGGGAGGAGGAGCGCCGAGAGGAGGAGAAGGAGGAGCGCGAACAGCGCCGUCAAGAUCGACUGGAUGCCAAGGAGCUUAAAGUGCGACGCCGCAAGGCCAAGGAGGCCAUGAGCCGUGAGGUGGAGCUGAUGCAGAAAGAUCUCGAUGAGGGCGAUUUGGAUGAAAGUGAGAUGGCCGAGCUCAUUCAGCUGACGCAGGAUCGCGAGGAGUUCGAAGCCUUCGAAAGGGAGGAAAUGAAACGGCUCGCCGAGCAGGAGAAGGAGCGCGAAAAAAUCAAAAAGGAAAAGGAGAAGGCCAGGCAGGAGCAACAAAAGCAACGCGAAAAGGAACGCAAGGAGCGCGAGAAAGCCAGUGGAUAGACGAAACAACAAGAACAACGAGAACAUCAUCAAACAACACCAACAACAAUGUUACCCAUUAUAUGUUAACACAUUAUGUAUUAUUAAUGUCCACUUGCUUCCAGCAUGAUCACCAACAACAGCAGCUAAGAUCACUAAGAACACAGAGAACAGAACAAAGAAAUCCUAUGACAGCAACGUAGAAAGCAAAAUUAAGAAUAUUAUUUAGAUUGAUUCGACAGUUUUACGAGCAUCGGGAAAUGGUCAAAAAUAAAUAUUGUAAUCAUUAUUGUUGACAAAAAAAAAAUAUAAUCGGAUUUUGUCCUCUAAAA